GAUCGGUGCUAUGAAGUGGCCAAACAGAUACUGGCAGUCAAACAGAUCAAUGAGUUGGACCACAACGAAGACAUCGAUAGAGUUGUCUCGUUUAUGGACCAUAAUUGGGAUCACAACCAGUCUUUCGCUGCAAUGGACACUAAGUCUACAGAUUAUGAAGUCUAUAAUCCAAUGCUAUUCACAUCUAUUGGCCCACAAAUGUGUCCACCGAUGGUCUAUGAAACCAUUGAACAGCCAAUGUAUGAGCCGAUGGUUAGCCCACCCGUUGGCCAAUCAUUGUAUCCAUCGAUGGACCACAAACUCCAUGACAAACGACCGCAAAGUUUGGGGAACAGUAAGUCCAACGACAAGAGAGACAAGUUAUUCACGGCCACAGUGUCGGUGCCCUCAUCACACCACGUGGCACAGAUAGUCGGCAAACAGGGCUCAAAAAUAAAGUUAUUGCGUCAGAAGUCUGGGGUACACAUCCAGACGCCCGUCAAUGGACAGGAGCCGGUCUUCAUAAUAACGGGUGAUCGCCAUAAAGUGGAGGAAGUGAGGGCUGAGAUCCAGUCGGCGUCCCUUCACUUCACGGCCGUCGAUGAGGAGCGCAAACAGAAAUUCAAACAUAACUCCGAUAUCCCCGGAUCCAUUUGCGUGAACCUGCGAACCCCGAACGAUUUGAUUGGUCUGAUUGUGGGUCGAAAUGGGGCCACAAUUCGCAACAUUCAGAAAGUAUCGGAAACUUAUAUCGAAACCCCGAAAGAGAGUCACAAUCAGUGGUUCACAAUGACUGGUCUGACGGCUAAUGUCGAAAAUGCUAAGCAUAUGAUCGCCGAACACGUGAGCCUUAAGACCAACAGACACUUCUAUAUUGAUCUCAUGCCAAAUGGAGACAAUAUAUUGACUUCAUAUCAAUGAUAAUCUUUAGGUUUAAAUUUGUCCCGUGAUUACUAGUUUGUAGGAUUUAAUUGUUUCCUUAUUAUUAACCUUUUAUUUCCAAAUAGCAAUUGAAUUCACAUUUUUACAAAAUCCUAACACAUAUCUUAUGCAUGUUAUCCUUAACUAUUAUUAUUAUUAUUCUGAUUGUUUUUUGUGAUAUUUAUGUGAUGACUAUUUUACGCACA